GCCAACAUCAAAAAAGUAGUGCGAUAUUAUUGACAUCAAGGUUUGGUUCAGUUGAGGUCUGGGCAGCGUUGAAGAAGGGUUUCAACAACGAGUAAUUUAUCAUUUCAAUAUGAACAGCGCAAAUACAUUUUUGUUUGGCAUUUUGAUUUUUCUUGUUACUGUGAUUAGCGUGCAGUCUUUAAAAUGUUACCAAUGUACAGCAUGUAACGACCCUUUCGACGAAGGCGAAGCUUCAACGGUUACAUGCUCGGGAUCAUGUGUAAAGGGCAAAGUUGGUGAUGUUGUGGCAAGAGCCUGUUCACUUAUCAGUGGAGGCGACACGUGUGAAGAAAAAGACGGUGCUCAAGCAUGUUCGUGUACGUCCGACUUGUGUAACAGUGCGUCUGGAUUCAGCGUCUCAUUUCCUGUCGUCUGCAUAUCCGCUAUCAUCUUGUUUCUAGGGGUGUUAUAAACGAACAAACAAUUGAUAUAAAACAAUUAAUAUGUCUUUAGUAUUGUUGACGGACUUUUUUUCUACCACAUGAUUGUGUCUUCUUUUUUGUCACUUACAGGUAUUUUCUAGCAUUAAAUCAUUAGUGCUUCAAUAAGGACAUCCAUGUAGAACGUGUUUACAAUGUACGAUACCUAGACUAUCAUAUUUCAAUUCAGUAAUGUUUUUAAGUUUGGAACCAACAAGAUCAAUUUUUACAUUAUAGUGUGCAUCAAUAAAAGAAAAUGUUUUUG